AUGUUCCCAGGUGUGUCCCCCAGCCGCACAGGUGAGUGCCGCCCCGUGUGCCGCCAGGGCUGCGCCAACGGCACCUGCCUGGAGCCCGACAGGUGUGCCCAGGUGUGCCCCGGGUGUGCCCCAGGUGUGUCCCCCAGCCGCACAGGUGAGUGCCGCCCCGUGUGCCGCCAGGGCUGCGCCAACGGCACCUGCCUGGAGCCCGACAGGUGUGCCCAGGUGUGCCCCGGGUGUGCCCCAGGUGAGUGCCGCCCCGUGUGCCGCCAGGGCUGCGCCAACGGCACCUGCCUGGAGCCCGACAGGUGUCGCUGCCACUUCGGCUUCGUGGGCGGGGACUGCGCCACGCCCUGCGCCUGCAACGGCCACAGCGACUGCGCGGGGCCCGCGGCCCGGGACACCUGCCUCAGGUGCAUGAACCACACCCAGGGCCCGCAGUGCCAGCAGUGCCGCCCGGGCUUCGUUGGCUCCGCCCUCUCCGGGGCCCGCAGUGCCAGCAGUGCCGCCCGGGCUUCGUUGGCUCCGCCCUUUCCGGGCCCGCAGUGCCAGCAGUGCCGCCCGGGCUUCGUUGGCUCCGCCCUCUCCGGGGGCACCUGCCUCCCGUGCCGCUCCUUCUGCCGCGGCCGCGCCGACGUCUGCGUGAGCCGCGCCCAGCUGGAGCGGCACCGGCGCGACCCCGACAGGCACCCGCUGGAGGCACACCUGCUGCACACCUGGGUGUCGGAGGGCCCCAGCGAGGCGCAGGCCGUGUGCGUCAACUGCCAGAACAACAGCGUGGGCGACAGGUGCGACACCUGCCGGGCGGGCUUCUUCAUGCUGGACGGCACCUGCACCAGGUGCCAGUGCAACGGGCACGCCGACACCUGCAACGAGCUGGACGGCACCGGGUGCCCGUGCCAGAACAACACCGAGAGCGGCGCCUGCCCCGACCGCAGGGACUGCUACCGGCACCAGUGCUCCAAGUGCCGCGACUCCUUCCAGGCCACCCGGUGGGUGGCCAGCAGUGUUACCGCGUGCUCUCGGUGGAGCAGGAGUACUGCCUGGACCCCGCGUCCCAGAGCCUCUGCUUCCCGCCGCCGCAGCGCCGCCCGCUGCCGCCCGGCCCGCUCGGUGCCCUUCGCCGUGCAGCCCAAGUUCACCAACGUGGACAUCCGCGUCACGCUGGACGUCACCUUCGGCGCCGUGGACCUCUACGUGGCCACCGCCUACGACACCUUCGCCGUGGACGUGGAGCCGGGCACCGGGCGCCACCGCGUCCGCCUGCAGGCGCCCGGCGGCACCAACGGUGGUGGUGGUGGGACCUUUGGGGGCUUUGGGAGCUCAGGAACGUCAGGAACCGGUGGUGGGACCAGUGGGACCUUUGGGACCUCAGGAACCGGUGGUGGCACCUUUGGGACCUUUGGGACCUCAGGAACCGGUGGUGGGACCUUUGGGGGCUUUGGGAGCUCAGGAACGUCAGGAACUGGUGGUGGGACCUUUGGGGGCUUUGGGGGCUCAGGAACCGGUGGUGACGCCUCAAGAACUUCAGGAACCGGUGGUGGGACCGGUGGGAGCUUUGGGAGCGGUGGUGGCACCUUUGGAGCUUUGGUGGUCAAGGAGAGGGCACCUUCAAGACCUCAGGAACCGGUGGUGGCACCUUUGGGACCUUUGGGACCUCAGGAACCGGUGGUGGCACCUCAAGAACCUCAGGAGCCGCAGGUGACACCUUUGGGACCUUUGGUGGCACCUUUGGGACCUCCUGGACCGGUGGUGGCACCGGUGGUGGUGGUGGUGAUGGUGGCACCUUUGGUGGGACCUUUGGUGGCCCUGGAGAUGCUGGGGCUGCUCCCACUGCUCCGACCGGCCUGGCCGGAAGUUCUGGAGCUCCUGGAGCUGCUCCCGGUGGCCAAAGUGGUCACAGUGGUGGCCCUGGAGGUGCCAGAGGUGACUCUGGUGGUCACAGUGGUGGCCCCAGAGCUUCUGGUGGUCCAGGAGCCAACCCCAGUGGCCAAAGUGGUCACACUGGUCACACUGGUCAAGGUGAUGACCCCAGAGCCUUUGGUGGCCCCAGAGGUGAUUUCAGUGGUCACACUGGUCACGGUGACCACCUUGGUCACUCCGAUGACCCCAGAGCCUUUGGUGGCCCUCAGAUCCACCUUGGUGGCCCAACUGGUCACACUGGUCAUGGUGGUCACGGUGGUCAAGGUGAUGACCCCAGAACUUUUGGUGGCCCUCAAACCCACCUUGGUGGCCCAACCGGUCACUCUGGUCAAGCUGAUGACUCCAGAAGUUUUGGUGGCCCUCAAACCCACCUUGGUGGCCCAACUGGUCACGCUGGUCAUGGUGGUCACGGUGGUCAAGGUGAUAACCCCAGAGCCUUUGGUGGCCCAGAGUGGUCAAGCUGAUGACCCCAGAAGUUUUGGUGGCCCUCAAACCCACCUUGGUGGCCCAACUGGUCACUCUGGUCAUGGUGGUCACGGUGGUCAAGGUGAUGACCCCAGACCCUUUGGUGGCCCCAGAGGUGAUUUUGGUGGCCAAACCGGUCACAGUGGUCACUCUGGUCACUCCGGUGACCCCCGAGCCCUGGGUGACCCCCAGCCCCAGCCGGUUGUCCCCACGCCCGGCCCGGGCGUCCCCGCGCUCCUCGAGGAACGCGCCCAGGGCUUGGUCACCUACCUGACCGUCGCCCACCCCGUGCCCGCCCUGGUGGUCCGGGGCGUCCGCGACCGCCUGGUCCUCACCUACCCCCACCAGGCCCACCCGCUCAAGUCCACCCGCUUCUACCUGCUGGUCCUGGGCGGCCCGGAACCUUCUCAGGGGCUGCUGUUCUUCAGGCAGGACCAGGCCCACAUCGACCUCUUCGUCUUCUUCUCGGUCUUCUUCUCGUGCUUCUUCCUCUUCCUGGCCGUGUGCGUGCUGCUCUGGAAGGCCAAGCAGGGCCUGGACGCGCGGCACGAGCGGCGGCGCCACCGCCAGGAGAUGUCCAAGAUGGCGGCCAGGCCCUUCGCCAGGGUCACCGUGUGCUUCCAGCCCUGCUGGGGCCACCAGCAGAACCUGCUGGAGAUGGGCGCCACGAGGGGUUCCGGGGGCGGGAACCAGAGUUACGGAGGUGGGAACCAAAGUUACGGAGGUGGGAACCAAAGUUAUGGAGGUCAUCAAGGUUCUGGAGGGGGGAACCAAAGUUAUGGAGGUGGGAACCAAAGUUAUGGAGGUCACCAAGGUUCUGGAGGUGGGAACCAAAGUUAUGGAGGUGGGAACCAAAGUUAUGGAGGUCAUCAAGGUUCUGGAGGUGGGAACCAAAGUUACGGAGGUGGACAUCAAAAUUCGGGUGGUUAUCAAAGUUUUGGAGGUGGGCAUCAAAGUUUGGGUGGUGGGAACCAAAGUUACGGAGGUGGGAACCUAAGUUACGGAGGUGGACAUCAAGGUUCUGGAGGUGGGAACCAAAGUUAUGGAGGUUAUCAAGGUUCUGGAGGCUAUCAGAGUUCUAGAGGUGGACAUCAAAGUUCUGGAGAUCAUCAAAAUUUUGGUGGUUAUCAAAGUUCUGCAGGUGGGAACCAAAGUUAUGGAGGUGGACACCAAAAUUUUGGUGGUUAUCAAGGUUCUGGAGGUGGACACCAAAGUUUUGGAGGUUACCAAGGUUCUGGAGGUGGGAACCAAAGUUUGGGUGGUGGGAAUCAAAGUUACGGAGGUGGGAACCAAAGUUCUGGAGGUGGACAUCAAAACUCUGGUGGUCAUCAGAAUUUGGGUGGUGGAAAUCAAAGUUUUGGGGGUGGAAAUCAGAAUUUUGGGGGUUAUCAAAAUUUUGGGGGUGGAGAUCAAAGUUCUCGGGGUGGAAAUCAAAGUUCUGGCGGUUAUCAAGGUUCUGGAGGUGGAAAUCAAAAUUUUGGGGGUGGAAAUCAGAGUUUUGGGGGUGGGAAUCAAAGCUUUGGGGGUUCUCAAGGUUCUGGAGGUGGACACCAAAGUUUUGGGGUCAGAGAGAGGAAUUUGGGGUCGGGCCACCAAGAUUUGACAUUUGGCCACCAAGAUUUGGAGCUGGGCCCCCAAAAUGUCAAAUCCGGGAACCAAAAUUCGCCCCUGGAGCCCCAAAAUCCCCAAAAUUCACCCUCGGGGGGUCCAAACCCUCCAGCCCAACCUCGGGACCCCCAAAAUCCUCUCGGAGACCCCCAAAAUUCUCAGUUUGGCCACCAAAUUUCACCUGGGGACCCCCAGAAUCAUUUUGGCCACCGAACUUCACCUCUGGACCCCAAAAUUUCACCUUCAGACCCCAAAACUUCACCUCCGGACCCCCAAAAUCCUCUCCGGGACCCCAGAAUUUCAUCUUCGGACCCCAAAAUUUCAGCUUUGGACCCCCAAAAUCUCCGUUUUGGCCACCAAACUUCACCUCUGGACCCCAAAUUUUCACCUCUGGACCCCAAAUUUUCACCUCUGGACCCCCAAAAUCCUCUCCGGGACCCCAAAUUUUCCCCUCUGGACCCCCAAAAUCUCCGUUUUGGCCACCAAAACCCCACUUUGGACCCCAAAUUUUCCCCUCCGGACCCCCAAAAUCGCCACCUUCCCCCCCAAACCUCCCCUUCGGACCGCCCCAAUCUCCGUGCGGGCCCCGCCGCCCCCCGGCACCCCCCGAAAUCCUCAUUGGUGCCGCCCAAGGCGGGGGCGGGGCCGGCGCGGCGGGGGGCGUGGCCUGGCGGGAAGGGGGCGGGGCAGGGGGCGGGGCCGGUGACGUUGGAGCCGACCGAGGACGGCGUGGCCGCGGUGGCGACGCUGCUGCUGCAGCUGCCGGGGGCGCCCGGGGGCCCCCCCAGGGCCGCGCUGGGCUCGGCGCUCGUGGCCCUCAGGGGGGCGGAGCUCGCGGGGGGGGGCGGGGCCGGGGGGCGGGGCCAGCAACAGGAAAGGGGGGGGAGGGGCGGCCUUAGAGUUGACCUCCAUGGGGAUCUAAAAAUUGGGGCCCCGGGGGCCCCCCCAGGGGCCGCGCUGGGCUCGGCGCUCGUCGCCCUCAGGGGGGCGGAGCUCGCGGGGGGGGGGCGGGGCCAGGGGGCGGGGCGGGGGGCGGGGCCAGCAACAGGAAAGGGGGGGGAGGGGCGGCCUUGGAAUUGA